AUGGAUCAGCAACCAGCAGCAGCUGCAACGGCUCCACAACCAGCAGCAGCAACAACGGCUGCCAUUUCGGUAAAGCUUCCUGAUUUUUGGAAGAACGAUCCUGCGAUGUGGUUUGUACAAGCGGAAGCACAGUUCGUGCUAGCAGGCGUUGUAAGAGACGAAACAAAAUAUUACCACAUAAUCAGUAAAAUCGACCAAUCAGUCAUUUGCCAUGUGUCCGAUUUAAUUCAAAAUCCGCCGGUAGAGGAGAAAUAUGACAAAGUUAAAGCACGAUUAAUCUCUCGGUUUGAGGUUUCUGCACAAGGCAAAUUAGAAAUAUUACUACAUGCAUGUGAUCUAGGCGAUAUGCGACCAACUCAUCUGCUGGCCCGUAUGCAAGAAUUAGAAGCUGGAUUGAAUAUCAGUGACGAUGUGCUGAGAGCGCUAUUUUUACAGAGAAUGCCGGACAAGGCUAAACCGAUCUUGUCUAUUAGUGAUGGUACACUUGCGAAGCUCGCAGAGAUGGCGGAUAAGAUAGUCGAAUCUACCGCUGCCGCUGUUGCUGCUACGACAUCGUCAGCUGAAGGUGAACUCAGCAGCCUCCACGAGCAAAUUACUAACUUGACAGCUGAAAUUCGUCGUUUAAAAACGUCAGGUGUUCGUCCCAGAAGUCGAUCUCGUUCGAUGUCGCGGGGCAAUUCUGAAUCGGAUGGUUUAUGCUGGUACCAUCGGAAAUAUAAAAAAAAAGCGCACCAGUGCCGUGACCCAUGCAAAUUCGACACAUCAAAAAACUAG